UACACACUCGCGCGCGAACCGCGCGCGAAGGCGCGAAACACCCGCGUAACAUGAGUGUAGAUCCGAUUCGCAUAUUCUUCGCGGCUUCGCGGCUCGUUCGCGCUGUGUUCCCCGAAAAUUGUCGGUUUUUUGUCCCGCGACAAAGCGCUCGCAGGCGCGAAGCGCGACGUGAACGCGACAAGACUAUACAUUCGCGCCUCGGGCAGCUCAGUCGCUCAGUAGCAAUUGACACGGAUGGUUGUGUUUUAGUUUUUUUUUAGGUAUAUGCUACGAUUUUGCUUGCAAAAUGAGUAACGUGUGGAGCAAUGAAUUAGAACUAACAUUUAUAGAAUGUUUUCGUGCUGAGCCGGUAUUAUGGGACAUUAAUUUGAAAGAUUAUAAAAAUAAACUGAAAACCCAUGAUGCUUGGAUGCGGAUAAGUACGGUGAUGGAAAUACCAAUUGAUGAAUUGAAAAAGAAAAAAGGUUCUCUCAUGUCAAGCUAUAGGAGCUACAAGGGAAAAGUUAAGAAGUCCGUUCAAUCGGGAGCUGGUGCCGAUGAGAUAUAUCAGCCCAUUUGGUUCGCUUAUGAAGCAAUGGAUGCUUUUUUGGGAGAUACUCUAAAGUGUAAAAAAAGUAUGAAUACGGAACGUGGAAUAAAGGAGCCUAAAGAAGUAAAUCUCGAAGCUAUUAAAGAGAAUGUUGAAGAAAUGAAUGAAAAUCGAAGUCAGUCUAUUAACACCCAAAAAGACAGUGACCAGACAAUCCACCGACGCAAAAUCUCUUCAGAAGUGGUUGACGCAGGAAAUGUCGUUAAAGACGCUCUUAUCACCUUCAAAUCCACGCUAAAAAGGAACCCAUUACAGCCUAUUCAGCAAGACGAUGAUUGCGAUUUAUACGGAAAACUAUUAGCAAAUAAGUUGCGAAAAUUAUCUGAAAAGAAUAGAUUGAAGUUGAUGCACGACAUUGAUGGGAUGUAUUUACAAUACCAAUUUGAUGACCCUUUAGUGAUGACUCCAUCGCCACCUCAUUUUUAUGAACCAAGAACAGGCACAUCAUCAUCUACGCAUUCAGAGCCUCCAUUUCAUUACGGGCAGGCGAAUCAAAAUACUUAUUACCAAAAUAGACAAGUAAUAUCAGCCCCACCUUCUAAUAUCAUUAUUCAAUCGAACCGGCUAAUUCGUACACCAGAUUAUCCUGUCCUUCAUUUACCAGAGAACCAAGAUGCAAACACAUCUGAUCAUAAUAAUGAUAUAGUUCAGACAGCUUUUGACUUAAGUUAAAUACCUACUGAAAUUACCGAAUUUUGUUUUUAUUGUCUAUUGAAUUUUGUUAUUAUAUUUGGUUGAUUUUGCAAAGUUAUAUUCUAGAUUCUAAGUAGUUCUGUAUAUGCAUAAUAAAAGUAUUAAAUUGA